AUGAAAAGCUGUAAUUUUAUUUAAUUAUUAAUUAGAGUUUCUUAUUUAGAAGAGAAUUUUAUACAAAUCUAGGAUUUACUUGUGUUUUAAUCAUUCUGUUUAUAAUUAAUUUUUAUGUUUUUCUUUUCAUAAAAUCCUGAAUUUUUAGCUGAAGAUAUAUUUAAGGUAUAUAAACAAAUAUAUUUUAGUUGA